AUGGAGCAGACCAAAAGUAAAAAAGAGACUAAAGAUAUGGUUCAACAGGACAAAAUCCAAAUUGAGACAAUUAAGAAAGAGCGCAAGGACCGGAGGUUAUUCACAGAGUUCAGUCUGAAUCCACGAAUGAAGCUCCAUGUCCUGCCAGACAAACCCAUGGCCAGAAAACCCUCAGAAGUUGUCACAGAGAACGUUGAUUUUCUGAAAGCGUUCCAUCAGACGUGUAAGGAACCAACCAGCAAGUACAGCAUGCCUCAGACGGAGAGCAUGGAGAUUGGCUGGAUAUCAACUCCCUUGGUACAUUUUGACCGCAGUGACCGCAGACUCAAUUUCACCCGCAUUGGCACGGACGUCACCAAACACAAAGAGAUGGCUCUUCGAAAAGGAGAGAAAAUAAAAUAA